AUGAUCCCCUCCAAAUCCAGCCCGCCGCCGCUGGCGCUACUCGCGCUCCUCCUAAGUGGCGCGUACCACACGACCGCCCGCGACAUUUUCGUCUCCCCCGCAGGCACAGGCACGGGAACCCUCGAUGCGCCGUACGGCUCCAUCCAAUCGGCCGUCGGCGCCGCCGUCGCGGGCGACACGAUUUUUCUCCGCGGGGGCACGUAUGCGCCGACGGCGAAUAUUCAGAUUGCAAAGAGCGGGACGCGGACGCAGCCGAUUACUGCGAGGGCGUAUCCGGGGGAGAAGGUUAUCGUCGAUGGGGAGAAUAUGCCUGGACUCACCAACGGGCCCUACGGGAUCUACGCCCGCGACGCCUCCCACAACACCUACGCAAACAUCUCCACCCACGACAACUACGAAACGGGCUUCCAGCUCGAGGGCGCCUCGUCCAACAACACCGUCGCGAACCUCGACUCCUACCGCAACCGCGACCCGCGCAAGAACGGCGAGAGCGCAGACGGCUUCGCGUGCAAGUCCGGGUCCGGCGAGGGCAACGUCCUGCGCAAUGCGAGGCUGUGGGAUAACGUCGACGACGGGCUCGACCUCUUCAUGUUCGGGUCCGCUGUGGUGCUGGAGGAGGUGUAUGCUUGGGGCAACGGGUAA